UUUGAUUUAGGGUUUCAAACGGCGCCUCUUUUUGUACUUUCUUUAUUUAAUUUAUUUUUUCAUUCCUAUUUAUAAAAAUUGAUUUAUUUAAUAGAAAAUUUCGGAGGUAUUCGUUGCAAAUUUGGAGAGAAAUCUUUUGAUUCAUCGUAUUUUUUGAAUUCGAUUUUAUUUCUCUGGAUUGGUGAUAUAUUCCGAUUUUAAUCGAUUUAGGAUUUGAAAUUUGAUUUUGGGGAUUUGGAUAAUUUUAUUUUGAUUUGUGGAAACAAUCCUGUUCUUAUUUAAAUUGAUUGAUUUUUUAUUUUUAUUCUUUGUAUUUGGAAUUCGAUUUCGAUCAGAAGACAAUCGCGGAUGGGUUUUUCCGAUCCUACGCCUCCGCCGACCAUUGCGUCGCCGCCCAUGUUCGGCGAGGGCGGCGGAUAUUGGGCGGCGUUUAGCAGCGAACAGCAGCAGAGCUAUCAAAAUCAACAAUCGAAUUCAAUUUCCCAAUUCGAUCAGUUCUAUACCUACCAUAAUCAAAACCCUAAUCCCCCUUUCAAGCGAUUAAAGCCUUCUGAAAAACCCCCAAAUUAUUCACAACCGAAUCGACCAUCGAAUCCGCUAACCAUUCCUGGAAACAGAGGAACGAGCCACAUCUUCUACAAAACCAGGAUUUGCGCCAAGUUCAUCGAAGGAACUUGCCGGAAUGGCGAGCACUGCACGUUCGCGCACGGUCCCGAUGAUCUUCGCGAACCGCCAUCGAAUUGGCAGGAUUUGGUGAGGGAAAUGGAGAAGGAUAAGGGCGCCGCCGUCGGUGGUGGUGUCGCCGGCGGCGGUGGCUCCGGCGUCGGCGGGGUGUGGGGGGAGGAGAGGGGUUUGAUGCAUAGGAUGAAGAUAUGUAAAAAGUAUUUCAAUGGAGAAGAGUGUCCCUACGGUGAUAAGUGUAACUUUUUGCACGAGCGCGGCCCUCAGCCGCCGGCGAAGAAGGUCAGGGUGGAUCCGCCGGGGCCGGGGUACGGCGAGAGGGAAUCCUCGGCUAUAAGUAUUGGAUUAAUGGCGGAUCGUGGCGAUCCGGUUGGUGCUUGGAAGACGAGGAUGUGUAGCAAGUGGGAGAUGGGGCAAUGCCGGUAUGGAGACCGGUGUCAUUACGCGCACGGAUCGUCAGAUCUGAUUCUAUGCGAUGGGCCGGAAAUGGGUGUGAUCGGCGGCGGCGGUGCGAUUUCGAGAAAGGCGGUGGGUUCUGUACACGGUGGAGCUCCGCCGGCGAACAUGGCCGUUGGCGACGGAGAUGGUGGAGGGGGAGAGGAGAAGAGGUCGAAAUGGAAGUUGAAUAAGAAGAUUAACCGGAUCUACGCCGACUGGUUGGAUGACGUGUCGCCGCCGCGCGGCCUCCCCGGCACUGCAUAGAUUUGAUCCGGAGAAUUUUUUGUGUUUGGCGUGUAAUAAUUAGGGUAAUUUUUUAUUUUUGAUUCGAAAUUUUGAUAUUUGUAUUUGAAAUUUAUUUGAUAUUUUACAAUAAGGAUAAUAAAGAUUAUUUGAUAUGAAAGAAAAUA